AUGCAGCACCACCAGCAGCAGCAGCAGCCCGAGCAGCACCCAGAAGAGGCGAACUAUGCAAGCAGCACCAGAAUUCCUCUCCCUGGUGACGGACCAACUACUCAGUCCAACAGUUCAGCACCAUCCAAGCAAACUGUUCUGUCUUGGCAAGCUGCAAUUGAUGCUGCUAGACAAGCAAAGGCUGCCCAAAAUAUGAAUUCCACCACAGCUCAGCCUGUAGGAUCUCUGUCCCAAAGAAAACGCCAGCAAUAUGCCAAGAGCAAAAAACAGGGUAAUACAUCUAAUAGUCGGCCACCCCGUGCCCUUUUCUGUUUAUCCCUCAACAACCCCAUACGAAGAGCCUGCAUUAGUCUAGUAGAAUGGAAACCAUUUGACAUAUUUAUACUACUGUCUAUUUUUGCCAACUGUGUGGCCUUAGCUGUUUACAUCCCAUUCCCAGAAGAUGAUUCUAAUUCAACUAAUCAUAAUUUGGAAAAAGUAGAAUAUGCCUUCCUGAUAAUUUUUACAGUUGAAACAUUUUUGAAGAUUAUAGCAUAUGGAUUAUUAUUACACCCCAAUGCGUACGUUAGAAAUGGAUGGAAUUUAUUGGAUUUUGUAAUAGUAGUAGUAGGAUUAUUUAGUGUAAUAUUGGAACAAUUAACCAAAGAAACAGAAGGUGGCAGCCACUCAGGUGGCAAACCUGGAGGCUUUGAUGUCAAAGCCCUAAGAGCCUUUCGUGUAUUGCGACCUCUCCGGCUUGUAUCAGGAGUGCCCAGUUUACAAGUUGUCCUGAACUCCAUUAUAAAAGCCAUGGUUCCCCUGCUCCAUAUUGCCCUUUUGGUAUUGUUUGUAAUCAUAAUCUAUGCUAUUAUAGGAUUGGAACUUUUUAUUGGAAAAAUGCACAAAUCUUGUUUUCUUAUUGAUUCAGAUAUACUAGUUGAAGAAGAUCCAGCACCUUGUGCAUUCUCAGGGAAUGGACGUCAGUGUGUCAUGAAUGGCACUGAAUGUAAGGGUGGUUGGGUUGGACCGAACGGAGGCAUAACGAACUUCGAUAAUUUUGCAUUUGCAAUGUUGACUGUGUUCCAGUGUAUAACCAUGGAAGGAUGGACUGAUGUGUUAUACUGGGUAAAUGAUGCAAUAGGAUGUGAAUGGCCAUGGAUCUAUUUUGUUAGUCUUAUCAUCCUUGGCUCAUUUUUCGUACUUAACCUGGUUCUUGGUGUACUUAGUGGGGAAUUUUCCAAGGAAAGAGAAAAAGCCAAGGCCCGAGGGGACUUUCAGAAGCUACGUGAAAAGCAGCAGCUUGAAGAAGACCUGAAGGGAUAUUUAGACUGGAUUACACAGGCAGAAGACAUUGAUCCUGAGAAUGAUGAAGAGGCUGAUGAAGAAGGCAAACGGAACACAAGCAUGCCCACCAGUGAAACUGAGUCAGUGAACACAGAGAAUGUGAGUGGAGAAGGAGAGAACUCAGCAUGCUGUGGGAGCUUAUGUAAAACCAUCUCAAAAUCCAAGUUCAGUCGGCGCUGGCGUCGCUGGAAUCGAUUUAAUCGAAGAAAAUGUAGAGCUGCAGUAAAAUCUGUCACAUUUUAUUGGCUUGUUAUUGUCUUGGUCUUUCUGAACACGUUAACUAUCUCAUCAGAACAUUAUAACCAACCUGACUGGCUGACCCAGAUCCAAGAUAUCGCAAAUAAAGUUCUUCUGGCUUUGUUCACCUGUGAAAUGUUAGUAAAGAUGUACAGCUUGGGUCUACAGGCUUAUUUUGUUUCUCUUUUUAACCGCUUUGAUUGCUUCGUUGUUUGUGGUGGCAUUGUUGAAACCAUUUUGGUGGAGUUGGAAAUUAUGUCACCCCUUGGAAUUUCAGUGUUUCGCUGUGUUCGUCUCCUGCGUAUUUUUAAAGUAACAAGGCACUGGGCAUCCCUGAGCAACUUGGUAGCAUCCUUGUUAAACUCAAUGAAGUCCAUUGCUUCACUGUUGCUUCUGCUUUUCCUCUUCAUCAUAAUCUUCUCGUUGCUUGGAAUGCAGCUGUUUGGAGGCAAAUUUAAUUUUGAUGAAACUCAAACAAAACGGAGCACCUUCGAUAAUUUUCCACAAGCUCUUUUAACUGUAUUCCAGAUUCUAACAGGUGAAGACUGGAAUGCUGUUAUGUAUGAUGGCAUAAUGGCGUAUGGUGGUCCAUCAUCUUCAGGCAUGAUAGUCUGCAUAUAUUUCAUUAUCCUCUUCAUCUGCGGUAACUAUAUCUUACUAAAUGUCUUCUUGGCCAUUGCUGUGGAUAACUUGGCAGAUGCUGAAAGUCUAAAUACUGCCCAGAAAGAAGAAGCAGAAGAAAAGGAAAGGAAAAAGAAUGCAAGAAAAGAGAGUCUGGAAAAUAAAAAAAGUGAGAAGUCAGAAGGUGACCAAAAGAAACCCAAGGAUAGUAAGGUGACAAUUGCUGAAUAUGGAGAAGGAGAGGAUGAAGAUAAAGAUCCUUAUCCACCCUGUGAUGUACCAGUAGGUGAAGAUGAAGAAGAUGAGGAGGAUGAACCUGAGGUACCAGCAGGCCCACGUCCCCGUAGAAUAUCAGAAUUAAAUAUGAAGGAGAAGAUAACACCGAUCCCUGAAGGGAGUGCCUUCUUCAUUUUCAGCAGCACCAAUCCAAUUCGAGUGGGAUGCCACAGGCUCAUCAAUCACCACAUCUUUACCAAUCUCAUCCUUGUCUUCAUCAUGCUGAGCAGUGUUUCCCUAGCAGCAGAAGAUCCGAUCCGCAGCCACUCAUUUCGAAAUAAUAUACUUGGUUACUUUGACUAUGCUUUCACAGCCAUCUUUACUGUUGAAAUCCUGUUAAAGAUGACAGCUUUUGGAGCAUUCCUCCAUAAAGGGUCCUUCUGCAGAAAUUACUUUAAUUUGCUGGAUUUGCUGGUUGUGGGUGUUUCUCUGGUGUCAUUUGGUAUUCAAUCAAGUGCUAUCUCAGUUGUGAAGAUCCUCAGAGUUUUGAGAGUCUUGAGGCCCCUAAGGGCUAUAAACAGAGCAAAAGGACUUAAGCACGUUGUUCAGUGUGUCUUUGUGGCUAUUAGAACUAUUGGUAAUAUCAUGAUUGUUACAACUCUGCUGCAGUUCAUGUUUGCUUGUAUUGGAGUGCAGCUCUUCAAGGGAAAAUUCUACAAGUGCACUGAUGAGGCAAAACAGAAUCCAGAGGAAUGCCGGGGGAUAUACAUUGUUUAUAAAGAUGGAGAUGUUGAUAAUCCAAUGGUCAAAGAGAGGGUCUGGCAAAAUAGCGAUUUCAACUUCGACAAUGUUCUGUCUGCUAUGAUGGCUCUUUUCACCGUGUCCACUUUUGAAGGCUGGCCUGCGCUGCUGUACAAAGCCAUUGAUUCCAAUGGCGAGAAUGUAGGACCUGUAUACAACUACAGAGUGGAGAUCUCAAUUUUUUUCAUCAUCUAUAUCAUCAUUAUUGCUUUCUUUAUGAUGAACAUAUUUGUUGGUUUUGUCAUUGUUACAUUCCAAGAACAGGGAGAACAAGAAUACAAGAACUGUGAGCUGGACAAAAAUCAGCGUCAGUGUGUGGAAUAUGCCUUGAAGGCACGUCCUCUUCGUAGAUACAUUCCAAAAAAUCCUUACCAGUACAAGUUCUGGUAUGUGGUGAAUUCUACUGGAUUUGAAUACAUCAUGUUUGUCCUCAUCAUGCUGAACACACUUUGCCUGGCUAUGCAGCACUAUGGACAGUCUAAGCUCUUUAAUGAUGCAAUGGACAUUAUGAAUAUGGUUUUCACGGGAGUGUUCACUGUUGAAAUGGUUUUGAAGCUGAUUGCAUUCAAACCCAAGAUUUUUGUAAGAAAAAAGGAAAGAUGGCUAGGCUAUUUUAGUGAUGCCUGGAAUACGUUUGACUCCCUCAUCGUUAUUGGCAGCAUAGUAGACGUCGUUCUCAGUGAAGCUGAUCACUAUUUCACUGAUGCAUGGAACACUUUUGAUGCCUUAAUUGUUGUUGGUAGCGUCGUUGAUAUUGCUAUAACAGAAGUUAAUCCAAAGCCAACUGAAACAGUCACAACUGAUGAGUCUGGGAACUCCGAAGACAGCGCGAGAAUCUCCAUCACUUUUUUCCGUCUUUUCCGAGUGAUGAGGUUGGUGAAGCUGCUUAGCAGAGGAGAAGGAAUCAGAACUUUAUUGUGGACAUUUAUUAAGUCAUUUCAGGCUCUGCCUUAUGUUGCUCUUCUGAUAGCUAUGCUGUUCUUCAUCUAUGCUGUCAUUGGAAUGCAGGUGUUUGGAAAAGUGGCCAUGAGAGACAACAAUCAAAUAAACAGAAACAACAAUUUUCAAACUUUCCCCCAAGCUGUGCUGCUUCUCUUCAGGUGUGCAACUGGAGAAGCUUGGCAGGAAAUCAUGCUGGCAUGUUUGCCUGGAAAACGCUGUGAUCCCGAAUCUGAUUAUAAUCCAGGGGAAGAAUACACAUGUGGAAGCAAUUUUGCCAUCAUUUACUUUAUCAGUUUUUAUAUGCUUUGUGCAUUUUUGAUAAUAAACUUAUUUGUGGCUGUCAUUAUGGAUAACUUUGACUAUUUGACACGUGACUGGUCCAUUCUGGGUCCUCAUCAUUUGGAUGAGUUCAAAAGGAUAUGGUCAGAAUAUGAUCCUGAAGCAAAGGGAAGGAUAAAGCAUCUUGAUGUGGUUACGUUACUGAGACGCAUUCAGCCACCACUUGGUUUUGGCAAAUUAUGCCCUCACCGAGUGGCCUGCAAGAGGUUAGUAGCCAUGAAUAUGCCACUAAAUAGUGAUGGAACCGUCAUGUUCAAUGCUACUUUGUUUGCUUUGGUUAGGACUGCUCUAAAGAUAAAAACAGAAGGUAACCUAGAGCAAGCAAAUGAAGAACUUAGAGCAGUUAUAAAGAAAAUAUGGAAGAAAACUAGCAUGAAAUUACUCGACCAAGUUGUCCCUCCGGCUGGCGAUGAUGAGGUAACCGUGGGGAAGUUCUAUGCCACCUUCCUGAUACAGGACUACUUUAGGAAAUUCAAGAAACGCAAAGAACAAGGACUGGUGGGGAAAUAUCCUGCGAAGAAUACCACGAUUGCUCUGCAGGCAGGACUAAGGACACUUCAUGAUAUCGGCCCUGAAAUACGCCGAGCUAUAUCCUGUGACUUGCAAGAUGAUGAACCAGAGGAAAACAAUCCAGACGAGGAGGAAGAAGUGUAUAAAAGGAAUGGUGCCCUCUUUGGCAACCAUAUAAACCACAUUAGCAGUGACAGACGAGAUUCGUUUCAGCAGAUCAACACCACGCACCGUCCCUUACAUGUGCAGCGGCCUUCAUUUCCAUCUGCAAGCGAUCCUGAGAAAAAUGUAUAUCUUCAGACAGGAAAUUCUGUGUACCACAAUCAUCAUAACCACAACUCAGUAGGAAAACAAGUUCCAAACUCAACAAAUGCCAAUCUCAAUAAUGCCAAUGUAUCCAAAGUUGUUCAUGGGAAACACGCUAAUUUUGGAAGUCAUGAGCAUAGAUCUGAAAAUGGUUACCAUUCAUACUCUAAAGCUGACCAUGAGAAGCGUAGAAGGCCAAGCAGUAGGAGAACCCGCUACUACGAAACAUAUAUUAGGUCUGACUCUGGUGAUGGCCGUCGACCAACUAUUUGCCGUGAAGAACGUGACAUUCGAGACUAUUGCAAUGAUGAUCAUUAUUUGGGAGAGCAGGAUUACUAUAGUGGAGAAGAAUACUAUGAGGAAGACAGCAUGUUGUCAGGAAGCAGGCAUGUAUAUGAUUACCACUGUAGACAUCACUGUCAUGACUCAGAUUUUGAAAGACCAAAAGGUUACCAUCACCCACAUGGGUUUUUUGAGGAAGAUGAUUCACAGACCUGUUAUGAUACGAAAAGAUCUCCUAGGAGACGGCUGCUACCUCCAACACCAGCAUCAAAUAGACGAUCUUCCUUCAAUUUUGAAUGCCUCCGCCGACAGAGUAGUCAGGAUGAUAUUCCACUCUCUCCAAAUUUCCACCAUCGCACAGCUUUACCACUUCACUUAAUGCAGCAGCAGGUCAUGGCUGUUGCGGGUCUGGAUUCCAGUAAAGCUCAUAAACAUUCACCAAGUCGUUCCACGCGUUCAUGGGCUACUCCACCUGCAACCCCUCCCAACAGGGACCGUACCCCAUAUUACACACCUCUAAUCCAAGUUGACAGGGCUGAAUCUACAGAACAUAUGAAUGGUAGCCUGCCUUCCUUGCACAGGAGCUCUUGGUACACAGAUGACCCUGAUAUCUCCUACCGAACAUUUACACCAGCCAAUUUAACAGUACCCAAUGACUUUAGGCAUAAACACAGUGACAAACAGAGGAGUGCAGACAGUUUGGUAGAAGCGGUACUUAUAUCUGAAGGCCUAGGAAGGUAUGCAAAGGACCCUAAAUUUGUUUCAGCUACAAAACAUGAGAUUGCUGAUGCUUGUGACAUGACUAUCGAUGAGAUGGAAAGUGCGGCAAGUAAUCUUCUCAAUGGAAAUAUUAGCAAUGGGACCAAUGGGGAUAUGUUCCCCAUUUUAAGCAGACAAGACUAUGAACUUCAAGAAUUUGGUCCUGGCUACAGUGACGAAGAACCAGAACCAGGACGAUAUGAAGAAGAUUUAGCUGAUGAAAUGAUAUGCAUUACAAGCUUAUAGUAUUUAGCAAGGGAAAUGAUUUUAAAUAACAGAAAAAGUGCCUCAUAGUUCAAAGAUGCUAGGCACUAGUUGGGGUUAACCGAUCAAGUUUUGUACAAGUGAUGUCACGCCUCAAGGAAGCCAUAACUAAUAAACAGAUUAUCUCCGGGUUGCUGAAAUGUGAUCAGAGCUGCAGCACAUCAUCUCUUCCCACAGAAUCUUCAGUUUCUCUGUAGGAAUAAGGUUAUUUUGGAAAGAAGCGGGUUCUGACAAUCAGUUUUUUGAGGGCUAGAGUGGGAUUCUGAGGUGUAAUAUCUUGCCUGUCCUUCAACUUUGUGCUGCUGUCCUUCAUAGUAGAGUGGGAAUUUGUCAGUGAAAAUGUGUAAGUCCAGCACAACACGAGGUGAGUGAUGACAACCAAUAAUGUCAUUACCUCAGUACUCAAGAGCAUAUCAGCUAUCCAUUGCAUAUCUAUUCUAAUACUGUUUUCAAACCUGCCUCCCAAUUUCUUUUCUUAAUGCUCUUCUAAAACAUGGUUUGUCAUGCUCUACCUGUUAGAGAUCAUUGGAAAAAGAAGUUAUAUAAAGAAUAUUCUGUCAUAUGUAACAUCAGUUUACAUAGCAAAAUAUCAUUCAGAUAGUCUGUUUUAUGACUAUCACGUUAAGGGCAAAAUAUACUGGAAUAAUUGCAUUCUUACUAAUGCACUUGCAACCAGGUUAAAAUAGAAUUAGAUAAGAUAGUUUGCUAAAAAUUAUAUAGUAGAAAUUAUUGUAAAUGAAUUGUAAUAUACAAUCAUUUGUAUUUGUAAAGAGAUGUUCUAUAUUUUGUAAUUAUUGUACCGUAAUUGAACUGCAGCAAUAUUUAUGGACCCUAAUUAUUGUAACUCUCCACAGAAUUCUAGAUAUGAGUAUUUUUACUUGGAAUAUAUAGAUCUAUAGCAUAAAUAUUUAAAUAGAGCCACCUCUCAUUGUAAAUCUUUUUGGGAUAAAGUGUCAAGUUUGAACUUGACAACACAGACUUUUUUUUUAACAUUAUGGUGUCAAAUGAAUCUCUCUGGGUAAGGGAUGCACAGUUGACCAUUUGCAGUCUUAUACUUGGAAAGGUAAAAGAUUUGAAAUUAUUUUAACAUUUUGAUUGAAAAGUAAGUUGUAAUUUUAUUUUUGUAUUAAUCCCAUGCUACUGAAAUAUUAAAAUUAUUAAAAAUUUGGCAAGUUCAUGCCAGGAUAGUACUCAUGGGACAGUUUGUUUUGACAGAGUACAUUGCCUAUGUACCCUACUGUGAUAGAAAGCAUCUAGGGCAGAAACUAUUUCAUAGGUAAAGGAAAAUGCUUUACUAAGUAUUGCUUACUUUGCUCAGAAAAAGAAGAAAUAUGACUAAAUGAUUCUUCACAGAACCAAAUAAUAAUAAUAAUAAUAAUUAUAUAAAAAGUAUACAACUUCAUUGCCUCUACCUUUCUGUUUUAUGUGCAUUAUUUCAAAGAUUUAUUUUUAUGCAAUCAAAAGAGGGCUGAGAUAUUGUUCAUAAUGCAGUAAAACCCUGAAAUGACUUUGAGGCUAAUACAACCUUGGAGGAAAAUCAAAAAAUACUGAAAGCUACUGUCUAUUUUGUUAGCACUGGAUAAAAAUGACUUGUUCUAACAAGUUGCAUUAUCAGGUUUUACCUGUAAUUCAUAUGCUAGAUAGCAAUCCAGUUCACAUUUUAACAAAUGUGAUGUUUAAAACAUGUCAAUAAACAUUUUGUACAUAAUGACAAUUUCCUAUGAAUAGCAUACAGACUUCCUCUGGAAUCAUUCUUAUUUCAAAUGCCAGGAUAAGAACUUAAAGGUUUGUAAAUUCUUUCUUGACCUAAAUCAUUUUGUAUUAAAACAAAUGCAAAAUGUUCUUCAAAAUAAA